CCUUUUGGUUCAAGGGAUGAGGCUCCAACAACCGGAGCCACCUGGCCAGGGCUUUAGCUCAAUUUUAAUACAGAAUGGUGCAGGAAAGAUUUAUAAGAGAAUUGGUAUAAUUAUUCAUAACAAUUAAAUUUUUCUUAUUAGUAAACAUGUGUGCAGCCCAGGUCACACUCACCCCCUCCCCUCAGACACACACACCCUCCAAGGUGGAAGGCACAGAGAUAAGGCAAGCUAGGCCUUGCUGAGAAGGGUGUGUACCAGCAGAGAAACAGGAAGCUGUGCUUCAGAGCCUGGCCUGCUUGGAGGUUUCUAACUCUGGGUCAGGUGUGCUGAGGUUCAGCAGCAGAGACACUGUCUUUCUGAGCCCUGGCAGCCAUGCUGCUCAGCAUAAAUACUUUAUAAAGUGUCUGUAAUUUAUGUGUAGAGAAAGGUAUGACUGCAUUACAGCUUAAAGAGCUUUCACAUUCAGGCCUCUACAGGAGAAGACGAGAUCGUGCUGAUAGUUUGAGACUAACUGGGGAGGAAGAGCAAAGUAACAUGGCCAAUGCCCUUGCCAAUGCCACCUGUGAGCGCUGCAAGGGGGGUUUUGCACCCGCUGAGAAGAUCGUAAAUAGUAAUGGCGAGCUGUACCAUGAGCAGUGUUUUGUGUGUGCUCAGUGCUUCCAGCAGUUCCCAGAAGGACUUUUCUAUGAGUUUGAAGGAAGGAAGUACUGUGAACAUGAUUUUCAGAUGCUCUUUGCACCUUGCUGUCAUCAAUGUGGUGAAUUCAUCAUUGGCCGAGUUAUCAAAGCCAUGAACAACAGCUGGCACCCUGAGUGCUUCCGCUGCGACCUCUGCCAGCAAGUCUUGGCAGACAUCGGAUUUGUCAAGAAUGCUGGCAGACAUCUGUGUCGCCCCUGUCAUAAUCGUGAGAAAGCCAGGGGCCUUGGAAAAUACAUCUGCCAGAAAUGCCAUGCCAUCAUUGAUGAACAGCCUCUGAUAUUCAAGAAUGACCCUUACCAUCCAGACCAUUUCAACUGUGCCAACUGCGGAAAGGAGCUGACUGCUGAUGCCCGGGAGCUGAAAGGAGAACUGUAUUGCUUGCCAUGCCAUGAUAAAAUGGGCGUCCCCAUCUGUGGUGCUUGUCGACGGCCCAUUGAAGGGCGAGUGGUAAAUGCCAUGGGCAAACAGUGGCAUGUGGAGCAUUUUGUUUGUGCCAAGUGUGAAAAGCCAUUUCUUGGACAUCGCCAUUAUGAAAGGAAGGGCCUGGCAUAUUGUGAAACCCACUAUAACCAGCUAUUUGGUGAUGUUUGUUUCCACUGCAAUCGUGUUAUAGAAGGUGAUGUGGUCUCUGCUCUUAAUAAGGCCUGGUGUGUGAACUGUUUUGCCUGUUCUACGUGCAACACUAAAUUAACACUCAAGAAUAAAUUUGUGGAGUUUGAUAUGAAACCAGUCUGUAAGAAGUGCUAUGAGAAAUUUCCGUUGGAGCUGAAGAAAAGACUUAAGAAACUAGCUGAGACCUUAGGAAGGAAAUAACUUCUUUUUUCUCUUCAAAGAUAAGAGAGUACCAACAUUAUUGACCUGACCCACCCUAUUUAAAACCUGUCUCAGAAUAAUUGAGUGUAGAAAACCUAAAUUUUCUUCAUCUCCUUUUUCUCAUUAAAAAAGAAGAAAUGUUUGUGUGAUCAUAUUUAAAACAUGUGACAUCAAGAUUUCACGUUUGUUAAUAACCCUUACCAAUUUAUUAAAAUGUAGAUUAUGCUUAAUAGCAAAGAGACAUAUUUAAAUGUUAAAUUUUAAUUAAUGUUCAAAAAAUUAAAUGCAACUUUUUUUUUUUUUUUUUUUUUUUUUUACCAUUACCAUUUAGUCCUCCUCCACCCUACUUCUCCCUACAGUCACCACACUGUUGUCCAUGUCCGUAAGUCCUUUUUCCUUUUUGCUCUCUACAACUUUUGGUUUUGGCUGUAUUUUAAAAUUAAAUACAGCUUUUAAAAAGGAACAGAAGGAGUCAACUUUUUACAUGACUCAGAUUAAAAAAUAUAAACAUUAUUUUAUUUUGUACUCAAAAUUAAUUCCAGCUGCUGUUGUGGAGGAUAGAAGGAAGAAAAAAUAACCAAGAAAAACAAGUUUUAUGGAAUAUUAGUAUGUUUAUCAAACUGGUAGCUGUAAAAUGAAUAUACACAUUACUAACAUGAAACAAGUGUUUUCAGAACUACUUCAUUUGAGUUUUGUUUUUGCUGUUGUUAAAUGCAAUAAUUAUGCUUCAUAUUUUCAAAUUAUGCUUAGUUUUGUGUUUUGUUUUCCUUGUAAACUUCUUUCUUCAUGCAGUUAACACAUUAGUUAUAGCUAGCUAAUAGUCUGCCUUUUAAAAUUUUGUGCAAAAAUUUAUUCUAUGUAUUUGAAAUUGCAGUAUAAUUUGCAGUAUUGGAAAAUGAAAGUUUUUUUUAUGUAUUACAGCAAUUAAUGCUUCUAAGCGUAAUAUCAAAGAGUAGUUGUAGAAUAGGACAUGAAACUAAAUUUUUGGUAGCUUGGAAUGUAUGACUUAAAAAAAGUGAAUGUAUAUGUUUUGGUCAUAUUGUCUUUAUAACCAAGUUAAUAUCUAUGCUUUAGACAUAAACUUGCCAUGCCUUAGAGAAGCAUAAUUUAAUCAGGAGUUCUAGCUGUUCCAUACAGUUCCAACUAAAAAUAAAUGUAUUGAUUGAAAUUUAUAAACUCAAAUUCAUUUACCACAGCUAUGAUUAUAUUUUCAAAAAUGUUUUCUCCCUUUUUGGGAAAUAUUAAAGUUAAUUUCUGCCAUCUUAUUAGAAGAGAAUGAUGUUGAUAUGUAUUUCAGGUUUUUCAUUUCAGAUCUCAUAGUUAAUUGGAUUUUUUUUUUUUUUUUUUUUUGCUUUAAGUAAGCUGUAUAAAUGGCACUUUUAAAUUGGAAGGGGGAUAUUUUAGUGUAAAUUUUAGGUCAAAAAUAGUGAAUUAUUCUACUUCAUAAAACAUUUUAUUCUGAAGUCCCUGGACCAUUCUUUCUUGAUAAAAUUGUAUGCAAAGCAUUUAGUUUUGAACAUUAUUUGACUGUUGCUGCUCCUGUGUUGUUAUUUGAAAGAAGGUUGACAAGAUGGACUUCAAAGGGGAAAAUUAUUGUUUUUCCAAAAAUUGCUGAAAUAUUGUUUUGCCAUUAAAUAUAUCAUCUCAGGAUACUAACACUCUGCCAUUAAAACAUUUCUAUGCAUGUAUUAAAAACUUUGUGUGUGCACUUUAAGGAUAAAUUCUAUUUCAGGUUUCAGAUAACUUACAAUCAAUAACUUACUUUAGUGUUUUUUAGAAUUCAAAGAAUUACAAAUGAUUGAAAAUAAUUAAAUAUAUAGUUUAAGAUGGCAUGUGUUCAGAAGUUUAAAACAGUCUUUGCAUUUGACAGUAAGAAUCUAAAUCCCUCCAGUGUGCCUUUGUCAGCUAAUUUAUGACCAGCACUGAAAAUCUUGAACGUAUUUAUUAAAUAUUAUACUAUGGAUAUAGACAAAAUAGUACAGGGUUUGCAGUAGGGUUUGAUGCUAAAUUUUAAAAUACUUCUACACCAGAAAUACAAAGCAGAAAAGCAACCAUUUACCCAUACACGCGCGCACACGCACACACCCUCCAUCCUAUAUUCUUAAUCACUUUGAAGAUGCCUGACUGAACUCAGCUGCUUUGUCUACAUACCUUAUAUAGCCAGGCCUCUCCUGUAGCUAGAGGUCCCAGUGCUCUCUUUGCUCAUUCUUCUCUUACAAUAUGAAUUAAUAUUUCCUGGAAGUUCAACUUGUUAGGGUAUUUUAUCUGGAUACAGUACUUCCUUAAUGAGGCUAUCAUUGGAUCCCUUACAUGUAGGGAGGAAAAAGUUGAAAAGUUGUAUUGGAAUAGAAGACAUUUGAUUUACUUCAUAAUAUUUUUUGUGGGUCUUUUCCUAGCUGUUUAAACUCUUUGUUUAAAGUCCAUCAAGGCAGUUUUAAAUAAUUUAUUGUUUUUACCAAAUUUCUAAGUGCUCUUUUCUCUUACCAAGCCUAGUAUAAUUGGAGGAAAUGUCUGGAAAUAAAUAAAACAUUCUUUGGAUCAUAUUGUAAGCCUUAUUAACAUUGUACCUGAACUGAUACUUGUUUGCCUCACUUGUUUGCCAAAAUAGCCAUUUCUACCUUCAGGAAAUUUCAAUGUAGGCUAACAGCAUUCUUACUGUAUUUCAUUUUAGAUUGUAAACUCAAUGUCAGGGACACUAUAUAGCUAAUUACGUUUUUAUAUAACAACCUUUGCAGUAUAUUCUUUGUACUUAA